UCACUCUCACUCCCACCCUCUCUCCCCCCCUGUCUCUUGCUCCCACACCGGGGCUGUUUCUUUCUCUCUCCCCAUUUCUUCUCUGUGCUUUUCUCUCUGCAAAAUUUUCCAAAUUUCUCUUCCGGCAAAUCUCUUCUGCUCUUGAAAUUGGCAUACCUCUCAUCAGCGACGCAUGAUCUUCCGAUUAAAUACAAUUUCGGUUGAUAAUUUGGGAGUUCUUACUUGGUUUUUCCACUGGCAAAAUUCCCUGAGUUGAAAGCGUAAAUGCUCGAAGCGAUGGAAAGUUCCGUCAAUGGUGGCUUCUCCCAGUUGCAGAGCUAUGGAGACAGUAGCGAAGAGGAGCUAUCUGUGCUCCCCCGUCAUACCAAGGUCGUCGUAACCGGGAAUAACCGUACCAAAUCGGUUCUUGUUGGUCUGCAAGGAGUGGUCAAGAAGGCCGUUGGACUUGGCGGGUGGCAUUGGCUGGUUCUUACAAAUGGUAUUGAAGUAAAGCUGCAAAGGAAUGCUCUUAGUGUGAUUGAAGCACCCACUGGUAAUGAGGACGAUGAUGACCUUGAAUUUGAAAAUGCCCAGUGGAAUGGAUCAGAUAUGGCAUCGGAUGACACUCAAAAGUCCCACAAAUCGAGGCACAGAAUGCAAAGAUCGUUGGGAUCAUCUCACAAGACUGUCAGCAGGUCCCUCUCUGGUGAUUCACAGUCGAAGGGAUCCAUUUGCACACCUCAACGCUCCACUAAGGUUGAUUUGAGCAAACUGGAAAUGGCUGCAUUGUGGAGAUACUGGCGACAUUUUAAUCUUGUGGAUUCCGUCCCGAACCCUUCAAAAGAACAACUAGUGGAUGUUGUUCAGAGGCAUUUCAUGUCACAGCAAAUGGACGAGUUGCAGGUGAUUGUGGGAUUCGUUCAAGCUGCGAAGAGGCUGAAGACCAUGUGCAAAUGAAAUGAGAUGAAUUAAAAUGAUGAGAGUUACAAUUCAUACUGCGUGUGCUGACACAGAUAAUGGGACUGUUUAUCUAAGCCCGCUUCCCUGCCUGCCUGCCAUGUAACAUACUUGUAUGCGAUUUGUAUGUUUCUGAUCUGUGUAAGAUGUAGGUCAGCAUGAGUAGCUAUUGAGGUUUUUUUUUUUGUUUUUUGUUUUUUGGUUUUUUCAUUUUUUGGUUGGGUAGCUUUGUUAUGUAAAUAUGUCGCCUUGGGGAAACAACUGAAUGGUUAGGGAAGUCUCAAAUCUUAACGGCUAUUUUCUCCGUGAUUCAUUCAAUGCAUCGCUAGCCUGGAAGUGGCUCUCACCUUUCCA